CAGAAAUUUCAAAUGAUCAACAACUGUGAUAAAUGUUAGUUUCAUCAUUUUUUAUUUGCAACAAUCUUUCUUCCUUGCUGUGUUUUGUUAGUGAGAAAGAAAGUUUUGAAAAAUGGCAUACAAUCUUCAAUCACUCAUAACCAUCCUUGAAGGAAUACUUAAUCCUGAAGAAUCACUUUGGAUUGUUAAUCACAACAAACCACGACUCCAAUCCCUACUCCAAAAAGCUGAGUCUCUGCUACAGAUUCUUGAAAAGUCUUCACUUACCAAUAUACCAAGUAAUUUGGAGAGCCAAAUCAGAGAUGUUUCAUACAAAGCAGAAGAUAUUAUUGAAACAAGAAUGGUUUCUUCGAAACUUAUGCAAGACCGGAUUUCUAAGUUUGAGCAAGUGGUUUCCAACAGCGUGGGCUUGGCCUUCCCCACAUCAGAUCUGCAGCAACUAACUGAAGAUCUGGAUUUGGUAAUGGAACAAGUGUUGAAGCUCAUGCAGGGGAGGAACACGACUUCAUCAAAUCGUGCUUCUUUCUCUCAUGGUGAAGUGCAACAAGCAGCCCAACAACUUGAAUCUGUAAACCUCGUGGAGGUGGAGGAAAAGAAGAUGUCGGCUGGUGCUUCUUUGUCGAGCUCCAAGAACGAUUUGGUGGGAGUUGAUGCAGAUAUGCUGCAGUUGAAGGAUCGACUUACAAAUAUGCAGACCAAGCUGGAGAUCAUCCCUAUUACUGGGAUGGGUGGCAUAGGUAAGUCCACUCUUGCUCGAAAUCUUUAUGAUGAUCCACUCAUUAUUUCCCACUUUGAUUAUCGUGGUUGGGCUGCUAUUUCACAACUUCCCAAUAUGCAAGAUAUUCUAUUAAGUCUUCUUCGUCGCCCAAACAAAAAGAUUGAUGCUGAACUAAAUGCACGUAAUGAAAAUGAGUUGAAAGAUAUAUUGUAUAAGAGGUUGUUCGGGCGCAGAUACAUGAUUGUGUUAGAUGAUAUAUGGAGUACCAUGUUCUGGGAUAAGGUAAGGAUGUAUUUUCCAGACAACAAUGAUGGGAGUCGUAUUAUGAUCACCACAAGGGAAUCUCAUGUGGCCCAAUAUGUUGCAAACUCUAAGAGUCUGCAUCAUGACAUGCAAUUGCUUUCCAAGUCUUCAAGUUGGGAUCUACUUCGCCAAAUUGUGUUUGGAGAAGAGGAUUGCCCUCUUGAUUUCCAAUGGAUAGGAACUAAGAUUGCGAGUGAAUGUGGCGGGCUUCCCCUUGCCAUUCAUGUGAUUGGUGGGCUAUUGUCAAAGGUCAAAAGAUCAAUGGAUGUAUGGGAGCAUCUUUCAACAGAUGUAAAAGCUUCCAUUGUUGAAUCUGAGGAGCGAUUCUCCAAUAUACUUUCCUUGAGUUAUAACCACUUACCCAUUUACUUGAAACCAUGUUUCUUAUAUAUGGGGGCUUUUCCUGAAGAUACCGAGAUUAAGGGAUCUAGACUUAUGAGUCAAUGGAUAGCGGAGGGAUUUGUGAAAUCUAAUGGUGAUAAGAGUUUGGAGGAAGAGGCUAAGGAUUAUUUAAAACUUCUCGUGGAGAGGAAUCUACUUUUGGUUACACGAAAAAAGUCCAAUGGGAAAGCAAUGAGUUACUCUGUCCAUGAUCUUUUGAGGGAUUUAUGUAUAAGGAAAGCUAAUGAGGAGAAGUUUUUACACGUUAAGGAUUCCAUGCGGCGUGUAAGUGUUGAGUCAUCAUAUGAAAUGGAUGAUGUGUGUGCUUCACCACAAUUAAUGUCACUUGCCCGAUCUUUUAUAUGCACUAGUGAUAAGAUCAAUAUAUCCUCUGUUUUAUGCAUAUUAAGAUUGGUUAGGGUGUUAGAUGUAAUGGGUAUGUUAUUGGAGGAGUUCCCAGAAGAAAUUUUACAACUUGUGAACUUACGCUACUUAGCUAUAAACUGCUCUUCAGGUUUACCUGAUGGAAUAUCAAGAUUGCACAAUCUGCAUACCUUGAUUUGUCCACACUUUGUGCCCUAUGUGACAUCUGAAUUUUGGGAGAUGUGUGAGCUAAGACAUAUUAGUUUUGAAAGGACAAUAAUGACAAUCGGGAAGAUAAAAUUUGAUCUUAAGAAGCUGCAGAAUCUCAGCACUGUGUGGAUAACUCCUAAGUUGAUUAGAAGUGGCUGUUUUGAAGGAAUUCCAAAUAUCAUAAAGUUGGGAAUCUAUUAUGAAGACUCACCAAACAUUGAAGUUGAUCUAAGCCAUCUUCACAAGCUCGAAAUAUUGCAUUGCGAAUCUGAAUUGGAUAAAGAUGGUAGCCGUUUUCUGCACAAACUCAGAUUUCCAUCUAAUAUUAGAAAGUUAACUCUUCGUAGAUGUGUAGUAUUCAGGAGUUUGUUGGCAACUCUGUGUACACUACCGAAUCUGGAAGUGCUGAGAAUAGUGGAAUGUGCAUUCGAAAGAGAGGGAGAGGCAGCGGAAGAGUGGGAGGCGACAAAAGGAGGUGAAUUUCGCUCACUGUUGUUCCUACAUUUACAAUCCUUAAAUCUGGUGCACUGGAAAGCCGAUGAGACCAACUUCCCUAAACUCCAGAGGCUGUUUGUAGCCCGCUGCUAUAAGUUAGAGGAAAUCCCCAGCGCCAUUGGAGAUAUCCCAACUUUCCAAGAAAUUUGUAUUCUUGAAUGCGGCGCUUCUACAGUGGCCUCGGCACAACAAAUUCUAAAGGUGCAGCAAGAAGAGUACGGCAACUUCGACCUCAAAUUGUAUAUACUUUAAAACCCAAAAGGUUGUAUUGCUGCAAGUUUUGCUGGUGUUUGUGAGCGAGAAAGAGAUCAGAGAGAGAAGAUGCAAAGGGUGCUAUACUAGCUAUUUGUGGGAUUUUAGUUGUACCUCUCAUCCCAUAACUAUUUUUGGGAUUUGAACUAUUUUUGGGAUUUUAGUUUGUGAUUGUUUUUUGUUUUUUGGUUGUUAUAAAUUGAUAUCGAAUUUAA